GGCUGGGAGCCAGGACUCUUAGCUUCCAUGCAGGGCGGGGGAGGGGAAAUCAAACAAGCCCCGCCUCCCCCUGCCUGUUUUCCCCUCAGGCUCCAUCCUUUAGGCUGCUAGGGCAGCUCUCCCUCUCAUUGGUCUCAGUCCCUGCCAGUCACUCUCAGCCCGCCCCCCGACCCGAUCCCAGUUUAUGUUUGGCCCCUUAGGGCCAUGUGGGAGGAACGCGGGGGCUGAUUGGCUUAAACUUUGUGCGCUGAGGCGGACACGGGGCUCUGAUUGGUUGAUUCCACUCCCCGCCGGAGGCGGGGUUAAGGGGGGGGGGAGCCGUGUUAGUCGGUAUCUGGCCCCCCAGAAGACGAACAGGUGUAUUGGGGCCGAAGCUUUCGUGGGUGCAGCCGAAGAAGCGGGUUUUACCCACGAACGCUUCUGCCCAACUCCAUGUGUUCCUCGUUACGGGGCCACCGGCCUCCGGGCUGUUUUUGAGGCGGGGUUAAGCUUAUUAGGUGCCACGCCCCGAUUGGUCGGGUCCGCGCUAAGGAGGCGGAAGAGAGGCUCUGAUUGGCUCGAGCAGCCGUCAGGAGGCGGGACCCGGGGCGCCGAUUGGCUGAGGCGGGCACCGAGGCGGAAGUGGCGAGAGCGCCCAGCGCCGCGUGUCCCACUGUGCGGGGAGGCCGGGAUGGAGGCGGCGGCGUGGCCCGGGCUGCGGGAACAGCUGGUGUCCGACCUGUCCCCCGCGCUGGCCCUGCUGGGAUCACUCCAGGAGCAGGUUGUCGGGGUCACGGCCCAUGUCCAGGGGCUGCUGCAGAGGGUCCGGGCUGGCGCCUUCCCCACGGAGAAGGGGCUGAGUUUCCUGGAGCUGAAGGCCCAGCUGCUGCUGUUCUAUCUCCAGGACCUGGCCCAGCUGGUGCUGGAGAAGACCUCAGGCCGGUCCCUGGCCGCCCAGCCGGCUGUCCUGCGCCUGGCCGAGCUGCGCACGGUGUUGGAGAAGAUGCGCCCCAUUGAGCAGAAACUCCGGUACCAGGUUGACAAGCUGGUGAAGGUGGCUGUGACGGGCGCCGUGGGAGACGACAAUCCGCUGAGAUUCAAACCAGACCCCGGGAACAUGAUGAGCAAGCUGAGUGACGAGGAGGAGGAGGACGGCACUGAAGGCAAAGCUGCUGGGAAGAAGCCCCUGGCCAAAGGAGGGGUCCGGAAAUACGUCCCACCCCGGCUGGUCCCGGUGCAUUAUGAUGAGACGGUGGCCGAGCGGGAGAAGAAGGUCCUGGAGCAGGCGAAGAAGCGAGCGCUGAGCAGCUCCGUCAUCCGGGAGCUGAAAGAACAGUUCUCGGAGGCACCGGAGGAAAUCCGCGAAGGGCGCUACCUGCACGCGACCAGGCAGAGCCAGGAGGAUGAGCACAGGAGGCGCUACGAGGAGGCCAUGCUGGUGAGGCUGAACGUGAGCCGGCAGGACAAGGCCCGGCGGCGCCGGGCGGCCGCGCUGGGGGCCCAGCUCCACUCCCUGACCCACUUCGGUGAUAUCAGCGCCCUGACCGGGGCAGCGCCCCCCACUGGAGAGGCUCUGAGCCCCCAGCGGAAGAGGAGGAGGAAGAUGAGUGCGAAGAGGGGAAGGAAGAAGGGUUUCCGGAGGCAAUAGUGGAGCGAUGCUUCCCCCCCCCGCUCCCCCUCCCAUGGAGCGAUGACCCCACCCCCACAUCACCCCCCAGCAACUCUCACAUG